AUUUAUCCCCGUAUUAUAAUCUAAUUUGCUCGGAAGUAAGUGUUAAGUGCCUUAUGUCAGUGUAAAGUGACGUGUAAUAUUAGGAAUCGGGUCAUCGACCUUUGUUCGUUUAGCUUUCAAUAAACUUCACCACGCUGCGCAGAUCCGUGAUCAAAGUCAUGAAGAUCAAACUGCCGCGAGACCGUUUCCCGUCCACAUCGUCGACGGACGAGAACGAGAGCGGCGCGGAGUGGGACACGCUGGUGGCGCCGCCCCCGCGGCCCGCGUACAUCCACCACCCACCGCCGCCGCAGGCCGUCGUCGGGGGCGCCGUGCGCAAGCGCCGCGGCAACCUGCCCAAGCACGCCGUCAAGAUACUCAAGAGAUGGCUGUAUGAGCACCGGUACAACGCGUAUCCCAGUGACGCGGAGAAACUGACGCUGAGCCAAGAAGCUAAUUUAACCGUUUUGCAAGUAUGCAAUUGGUUUAUAAACGCCCGCCGGCGCAUUCUCCCCGAGAUGAUCCGGCGCGAAGGUCACGACCCGCUGCACUACACGAUCUCGCGUCGCGGGCGCAAGCAGAGCGCGGGCAUGCUGGCGGCGCCCGGGCACCUGGCGGGCUACGGGCAGGCGGGCCUGGGCUUGAGCAUGGCCGACAUGGCCGGCGGCGUGGCGGCCGCGGCCGGCGUCGUCGUCUGGGACGGCAUUGGGAUUGACGCCAACACUGAGCACAACCGCAGCCACGUGUACGGGGACGGUCUCCUAGUCUACCGGAGCGACGGCGACGAGCUGGUGGAGGAGUACUCCAGCAUCAGCGAGGAGGAGGUCAAGUACGACCCCUCCGUGUGGCAGUCCGUCAUCAGCUGCUCCAGCGAGCGACACGAUGAGAGGGACACCGGCGCAGUAGUAACCGUCUCCACAUCGGAAGAGAUCGACGUGGUUGGCACCUCUAAGCUGGACUCUGGCGGCUGGCACCCACAGCUGGCCCAUCUGCCGCAGCUGCCGCAUCCACUGCGACGCGUGCAGGUGGUGCCGGCUGAGAGAGAGGGAGAUAGCGACAAGUUCAAGUGUCUCUAUCUUCUAGUGGAGACGGCCGUCGCCGUGCGUCAGAGGGAGAAAGAACAAGAGGAACUUAUUGGUUAA